GAACAAAAUAAAACUUGAACUCAAAAUUUUACAAAAUUUUUGGAUUUUGUAGUUGAUUAAUUCUUAGUCGUCAAGUGUCAUAUUUGAUUAUUUUGACAAUACCGUUUAAAAAUUUUCGUUUAUAAAAAGCAGAACGUCUCAACAUGAACCCGGAUGGCAGAUACAGACCACCAUAUCCGUCAAAAUCUCCAACUCCAACGCGAGAAACUGAUAUUAGUGGAACCAGCAGAACACAUCUCUAUUUAGACGACGAAACGCUUCAUCGAAUGAUUGAGUCUUUUGGACCCAUUGAAUAUUCACAAUUUGCUGCUACGGUUGGUUCCCCUGAAGGCUUUGACCAAGAUCUGUGGCAGUCGGAACAAUGGGAAUCUGGUCCAAGUAGGAGAAAAUCUCGAUCACCUCGCGACACAACCGACCAAAAUUACUUACUUAGUCAAUCGCAAAUUUCAGAAGAAACCAACCCGCAAGCAGCCGAAGCUCAACACCAAUCUUUGAUCGAAUGGUUUGACCGUUCGGUCGAAAAAGAGUUGCAAAAACGUCGUGACUCAGGAGGGCCUAACACCAGUCCUCUUGACCCAGCUAUGGCUCCGCUUAAAGCAAAGCACGCCUUGAAUCUGUCGAAAGGGACGGCGGAACGAAUGGCGGAAACAAGUGCAAGUCGUGUCGAAAUCGCAGCGAGACUUCAGACCGACUUCACCACGGAAUUGACCGACGCUGUGGAGAAGUUUGCCAAAGCUGAGUCAAUGUCUCAUUACACUGAGGCGUUGCAAGCGGCGGAAGAAGCGGCUCAAAAUGCCCCCCCUGAGCUGAUGGAGCAAGCAGCAGCUGCUGAGGCGAGGAGGAUCCAGACGGAGCUGUCGCAGGUUAAGGAAACGAUACCUGGGGUUAGGCCAAUUGAGGUGGUGGGAUAUGUGGGGAUUACAAAGCCAGUUCAUCCAAAGAGAUCGAAUUGAAUGUUGAAGGUUUUACUUCAGAUAUUGUUUACUAUACACGUUUGAAACAUAUUGGAUUGAAAUAUAUAUCUUAUAUUGAGAUAUGAGGAUAUUCAUAAUCAAGAAGUUAACAUUUUCUCAAUAAUUAAACACUGUGAUUAAAAUAUGCCUUUUUAGAA